CUUUCUCUCUGUCUCUCAAAGGUUGUUGCAGCCAAGUUUUUUCCUAAGUCUCCCUCUUUUCACCGAUGGUUGCUGAGCCUUCUUCGUCUCUUGACAUACUGUGCCGAGUUCUAUUUGCCAAGUUCCCAUCCACCAAUUCCCCAACCGCAAAGUUUUCUUCGCCGAGCCUCUUCUUUUUUUUUAUUUUUAUUUUUUAUGCAGACGACACGGGCGUCAUCAUAUCGUGGCUACGGCAUGGUACAGCUAGGGAAGAUCUAUAUCCUCCUAAGGGAUUACGGCGCUCUCUUAGGGGGACCACCAUCGCCGCCGUGCUUUCUCUUACCUUUAUGGCGGCCGUUUUGUCCUAUGCCAGGCAGUCGUGGCAGUGUGGCAGUCUAGAACUUUCAGGCCGCGGAGCGCAAGCGCAAGGCGCGCAUCAAAGCGUUGAAUUUCCGGGCCGUUUGCGUGGCACACACUUUACAAGAAGCCAUGGCCCCAUGACGGCAUAACAGGCAUCGGAGCGCCGCAUCCGCUGCAGAUUGAUGAUUAUUGCGCAAGCAACGGAAGGGAAAAAAGAAGGGGAAAGAAAAAGGAGAUCUUCGGCUUCGCGGGCACGGCGGGUCAUCUUUGACGCAAAUGCGCAGUGCGAGCAGGGUUAUGGUGGCGUUAGUCAGCGGGUAGCGGAUCAAAUGAUGUUAUGGCCAGCGAUGUGCGACAGGGAUUAGAGGCGUGUGAGACGUCAUUCUGGUGUAUGCCGUGCACUGCAAUCUUGUCCUACUCCUGCUGUUACA